AUGGGGACAGCUGGAAUUUUCUUUAUUCGCUGUAAGAGAAACUCAAGAGCUCUAGGACACAACAGUAAAGUCAACAGAAGAAAUAUGUUCUCAAUAUGGAAUUUUGAUGGUAGAAUCAUGUAUAAAGACAUAAUUGAAGCAACUAACAACUUUGAUGAGAAAUAUUGCAUUGGAGAGGGAGCUUUUGGGAAAGUUUACAAACUGAUGUUGCCAAGAGAGGAUAGAGUAUUUGCUAUCAAAAAGUUGACAUGUGAAGAAGAUAGCCUAGACAUUGAGAGCAUAAAAGCUUUUGAAAGUGAGAUCAAAGCAUUGAUAGAGACUCGCCACCGGAACAUUGUGAAGUUGCAUGGAUUCUGCUUGCAAAGAUCACACACAUUUUUUAUUUGCGAGUACAUGGAAAGAGGAAACUUAGAGGCUAUUCUUAAAAAUGAUGAGGAAGCAUUAGAAUUGGACUGGCCAAAGAGGGUUAAUAUUCUCAAGGGUGUAGCACAAGCUUUAUCUUAUAUGCAUCAUGAUUGUAACCCACCAAUUAUUCAUAGAGACAUAUCAAGUAAAAAUGUUUUGUUGUCUUCAGAUCUUGAAGCCUGUGUAUCUGACUUCGGCACAGCAAGGUUCUUGAAGCCUGAUUCAUCAACAUGGACAAUAUUUGCUGGCACAUAUGGCUAUGCUGCUCCAGAGCUUGCCUACAAAAUGGCAGUGACAGAGAAAAUUGACGUCUAUAGCUUUGCUGUUUUGGCUAUUGAAGUGCUUAUGGGGAAACAUCCUGGCGAUCUAAUAUUCCAUUCUGAAUCAUAUGAUAUUCCUAUGAUCAACUUCAAAGAGAUUUUAGAUCCUCUUUUAUCACCAGCAAAUGGAAAGAACUCAAAGCAAUUGGGUUUGAUUUGGCAUCUAGCUCUUUCUUGUUUACAAGCAGACCCUCAAUCUAGACCAACCAUGGGAAGAAUUGCUCAUAUCAUAGAAAAUAGCUAG